AUGGGUUUCCACGGACCCAUAUUGCCGAAGAGCAGGAUACAACCGCAUUCACAAGCGCAUGCCGACACGCUGCUCAAAGGUCAUCGUCAAGCAAGAGUUACAGAAUUCCAGACCUUCGUCGUCACCGGUGUCGGCUUAGUGAUCGGUCCUCCCCAGAUCCACCACCACAACGUCCAUAUCAUCGACAAGGACAUGCUCGGUCACAUCCUGAACGUCCACACCACAUCACCAGUACUAGCUUGGAGCAGUGCCGAGAAGCUCUUCUUAAAGUCUUCCGCUACUGUACGGAUCAUGAUUUUCGCCAAACCACUCCGGGUUCAUGAGCUGGAGGAUGCUGUAACACUAUCAACCUGGAUGCUGCUGCAGCAAUUUCCAUCAACGAUACCUCCAUCAAGUCCAGAAGAUAAUUCGACGUGGUUGCGCUACUUCGAACUCCUGCUGAAAACGAACGUAGAAGGACAGGUUUCCUUCAAGCAACACGCCAUGGCCUUCUUCUUGCAACGCUUUCGCAUUGAGGGCAUCGAUACUAGUCAUCGCACCAUAGCAUUACUUUGCAACGAAUUGAACGAGCUUGAAGGCUUUGUGCCCGAUACUGGAAUCAAUGGCCAGCCUGUGUCCCAGCGCACCACUUCGUCAUUCGCUACCUAUGCAAGCAAACACUCGCAAUACCAUUACCAUAUUGCCAGCAAAUCGAGCUUAUGUUUGAGGACUGACAGCUCGUGGAAGGACAUUUCAACCAUUCGAAGACCGAGCUUUCUUGUGCCAAAUCCCACGUCACGAGCCGAGGACGAGAGUGACUUCGAAGUCAUCGAGAAAGAUUUUAGACAGUUGAAAAUUGACGCUGAGAGUCAGGACUGGAUUUUUGUAGACAGCGCGUGA